AUGCCCAAAGCCGAAGUUGGCUCGACGAAAUACUUGAGCAACAGGCUCAAGUCAAAGGGUCUCCAGCGUCUAAGAUGGUAUUGCCAAGUUUGCGAAAAGCAGUGCCGCGAUGCCAAUGGAUUCAAAAUGCAUACCCAGUCUGAAGGCCACGUGCGACAAAUGCUCGUCGUCGGCGAGGACCCGAAGAAAUACAUCAACCAAUACAGCGACGAGUUCCUAAAGGACUUUUUGCAGCUAUUGAAGACGGGUCAUGGAGAGAAACAGGUGCAGAUUAACCAUUUCUACCAAGAAUACAUUGCCAACAAAGAGCACAUUCACAUGAACGCGACGAAAUGGCCGUCGCUGACCGAAUUUGCCAAAUAUUUGGGAAGAGAGGGAAUGUGUCGGGUGGAGGAGAACGAAAAGGGAUUUCACAUCAGCUGGAUCGAUAACUCCCCUGAUGCCCUGCGGCGGCAAGAGGCCCUGAGGCGGAAAGAAGCGCAAGACCAAGGCGACGAAGAAAUUGAGCAGCGUAUGAUUCGAGAGCAGAUCAAGCGAGCCGAGCAAGCCGCCGGUAAACGCGAUGGAGAAGCAGAAGAGGAACAAGAGGGCAGAGAGCUCAAAAGACAGGAUGGCGAAAAAAUUAAGCUGUCUUUUGGCACGAAGCCUAAGCCGGAGGAGGCCCAGAAAGUAACAGAGGAGAAGUCAGAGGCAUCAACAGACGCCGACAAGGGCGAGCAAGCAGAUUCCGAUGCGCCAAAAGAACAGUCAAAGCCAGCCGCGAGUAAAGGAGGCUUCGGUGGGAUAUCCUUAAAGCUUGGUGACAAGCCACAGACGAAGAAUGUGUUUGCCCAAGCAAAGAAGAACGCGUUGGCUUCGGGGUCGAAGAAGGGUUCUUUAAUACAGCAACCCAAGAAGAUGAGCGAAGCAGAGAGGAUCAUGAAGGAGGAGCUAGAAAGGAAAAGGCCAAGCGGUUCGGUCGGUUUUGGAAUGCCCAGUGGCAAAAAGCAAAGAAAUCAUUAA